AUGACCUUCUCAUCCGAUGACUACGAGCUCCUCAAGACUGGCAUGCUCUCAGACUGCCAAAUCAAGUGCGAAGGCAAGACAUGGAAUCUGCACAAGUCGAUCUUGUGCGCGCGUUCCAAGUACUUCAUGAGAUGUUUGACAGGCGACUGGCCAGAGGCCAAGACUGGCAUUGUCGAGAUCACCUGCUUCACUGAGAAACAAAUGGAUCUCCUCAUCAACUACAUCUACACCGGUGUAUUCGACUUUUACAGCGUCUGUCAGAACGACACCUUCCUGCACACCGCCAUUCAGCUCUGGACACUAGGCGAUUACUUCUUGGUGAAGGUCCUCUGCUCCGAAGUUGAGUGGGAGCUCACAGCCUACACAUUAUCCCGUACACAACGGGCAGCCAUAUUCACAGGCAUGCACCAACCCAGCCCCCAAGAUUGGGUCAAUGCCGGUCGACUUCUCUAUACAGACUACCAAGACGUGGACAACACACACAUUCUCAAGGCAACAUUCUUGGAGAUUACGCUUGGCAAGCCAUGGGCCCGGAAGCUGCAUCUCCAGAUGCCUGAGUUUAAGACUCUGUGCCAGGAGCAACCAGACUUUGGCAGCGAUUGCAUGAUCAAGCUCGUCGAUGACGGUGUCCAACGACUUCAGUAA